CAACCACACCCCAACCCACUACUACUACAACAACCACUACACCUACACCUACCACCACAACCACACCCCAACCCACUACUACUACAACAACCACUACACCUACACCUACCACCACAACAAAACAACCCUCUUUAAUGAUAGUAACAACGGCUGUUAUAACACGACCGACUCCAACCACUAUGACAACAACACAACAAGCAACAUCCUGGCCACGACCAACUCCAACCACGACUACAACAACACAACAAGCAACAUCCUGGCCACGACCAACUCCAACCACGACUACAACAACACAACAAGCAACAUCCUGGCCACUAACAGAGGCCCACGCUACUCCUACAACAAUAUCUACAAUCACCACUAUGAACAGAAAGCUCAAUAAACCUCCCAAAAAACCUAACAAAUCGUCUAAAAAACCCAAACCACAUCCUGCCACUACUACAACAACAACUUUACCUGUCUCAACUACACCCCGCAGAGACCCAGACCCCAUCAGAACUACUGAAAAACUCCAGCCAGCCACUGAGCCAGCUACCUCCACCACCACUUCUACUGGUGCUACUGCCACCACUAAGAGCCCAGCAGCCAUUGAGCCCCUGAUCCCAAGGACGACACCAGAAAACGAGCUAGUGCUGAUGCCCAAGGGGGUCCAGGCAACCCCAGCCUCCCCAGGGACAGAGGGUCAGGGCAGGGGGAAGGAGGUGGCAGGGCAGGGGGCUCUGAAGAGCUCCCUGGUGGCUGUGGUGGUGGUAGGCCUGGCCAUCCUGACUCUGGCCCUGGCUGUGGUUGGACGUAAGGCCAUGGAGUCAUUCGACCGGCGACACUACACCAGGCUGGAGCUCAACGACCUACACUAUGAGGUGUGACACACACACACACACUACACCAGGCUGGAGCUUAACGACCUACACUACGAGGUGUGACACACACACACACACACUACACCAGGCU